AUGCCACCCCCCAACUCUCCUCCUCAACAGGGGGUUUCGCAUCACCAGCAGCACCCGAUGGCACAACAACCGCCACCCCAAGCGCACGGUAUGGGCGGUUUUGGUCCUGGACCACCACCGCCUCGGGCGCCGCUCGUCGCCCUCGGACCCCCGUCAUCGUUUCCAUCAUCUCGAGAACUCCCUGCCCCAGGGCCGGCGUCGCGCGCAGGAAGUACGGGCAGCUCCAUGUCGAUAUCGUCGCUCUUGGGCGGUCCGCCUCCAGCUCCUCGAGAGCCACCACCUGCAGGUCAACAACAACAUUAUGCUCCACACUCCGCUGGCCCCCCUGGCUCGGCCCCGAACUUUACACCAUCGGUCCACGCUUCGCCGCGGAUGCAUUCCACCGAGUUUGUCCCUUUUCGACGACCGCAAACCCCCGACCACCACAGACCCUACGACCCGCGCGCGAAUCCAGUGCAGUCACCUCGGGGUCCUGGCCCAUACUCUACUACGCCUGAGGUUCAGCGAUACGGUACGCCUCAAGCAUAUCACACCCGCCAGCCGUCAGCACCGGGCGAUCCUUCGCGAGAUCCCGGAAGAAUGCCUCCCGCCGCCGCGCCUCCUCCUCGCCCGAGCAGCCAACCGAAAGCCUUUCCUGGCAUGCGAUCACGGCCGAUGGACUCGAGAGAGCCUGGACCGGAGGAGCGAUAUGCUCGUCGAGACGAGUUAGGUAGGCCGGUGCCUGGACCAGAGUAUAAUCCUGAGCGGACAGGAUUGCGACCUUAUAGUUAUGAUGAGCGAUAUCGGCCGGAUCGAGAGCGUCAGGGUGAAAUGGAACAGCGCGAGCAACAGCAGCGCGAGCGUGCAUUUUCAGGUGGUGACAUUGGACGACAGCACAUGCAUCCACACGAACCCCCGCGAAAUCAACCGCCUCAGCAACAGUAUGGGCGACCGCCUCCCGACUCUAGAGAAGCCAGAGAUCCCCAUUGGGGCCGACAACCACCAGAGUCGAGUUACCGGGCGCCGAUGGAACACCAGAGACAACACCCAGAAUAUCCACACUACCCGCAACAGCAGCAGCAAGGUCCGCCAUAUCAGGGGCCGCCUCAUCCAGAUCGAUAUCCUCCCACUUCGCACCCGGCCCCCCAACGACCACAUUCGACAGCACCGAUCCCCCCAUACGACUCGCCUGAGCGAUCGAGGGCGAGCAUGCUGCCUCCACAACCACAUCACGAGCAGCAACAGCAUGCUCAGCGAGGCAAACCCGUAGAUAAUCAACCUCCCCCGGGCUCAGUGCCACCUGCUUCAUAUAACAACACUCCCGGCACAUCUCACUUCGACGCUUCCCGACACCGCCCUAACGAGGACCCAGGUGCGAUAGGACACCAGCGUAACUUGCUCAAUGUGCUCCACGAAAACCGCAAAGGACGUAUCUCUCCUCUCCCCCAGGCCGUCCAAGGCGCCCAGCCUCAGCAACCGGGACAUGCCGCCGAACCAGGCAUUAAGAGCGAAUUCGGCCGAAUGUUUUCCGGAAUUGGCAGUGGUAUUGGCGGCCUUGGUGUUUCCAGCACUAUCGCGUCUUCUACGGUCCCAUUUACGACUGCAUCCUUGGCUAAGCGAGAGGAUAACGUCGAGGCACCUGAACCGGCGGAUGUGCCUAGCAAGGGAGCCAAGGGUAGGAGAAGGAAGCUGAAGGAAGAAGACAGCCGUGAUGACGAUAGUUCGGAUCGUCUGACCCCGAGCAAGGCCAAGCGUGCUAAGGGUCACCCCCAUCAUCAUCAUCACCAUCAUCACCACCACCACCAUCGCUUGGGCGAGGAGCUGAUUCCAGGUACCCCGCCGUUUAAAAAUGUGAAGGGUGGUGCAAACUCAGCUCUGACCCCGGGCGACAAAAUUCCAGCUCCAGCUCAUCAUCAUCACCACCAUCAUGGACCACGACCAGCCCAGCCUGCUCAGAAUAUGCCAGCGAAACCGGCCGCGAAUCCUGUUCCUGCUAUCCCGCCUCGAAUAAAGACGUCGAUCUCAUCACAAGCUGUUUUGGACGCGGUCGCGAAGUAUCCCCGACACCACCUCGGAGACUUCAUCUACGAAGCCGGUUUGAAAACGGGUCGCCUCGUACCGAAGACCCCCGCCCACAGAGGAUUCUCAUCCAAUCCCAAACCACUUCCGCUGGAGAUGAUUAAAGGGAAGUUGAACUGCGUCUUGACGGUUAAGGUGCCGCGUAUUCAUCUUUCCCCGCUGGCCCGCGAGGAGAUCACUUCCCGCGGCUAUCUCUGGGGCACUGACGUCUAUACUGAUGACUCAGAUGUGGUCGCGGCCUGCAUCCAUGGUGGGUGGAUCAAGGGUGAAUGGAGCGAGGAGGUGGAUGUUCACAUGCUGGACCUGGAUUCGGUCGCUGAGAAGAAACGGAAGGGAAAGGAAGAAGUGGUCAACGAUUCUACAGAUCUCGACUCGGAGAAUCUCAUCUCGGCCCCGCCGGCGUCCGGCCCGAUGCGCAUUCCUGAGGAUCGUGAUUUGCAUGUAAACGUGCUCAUCCUGCCAAGACUGUCCAAGUACGCGGCCACGACCCGCCACGGAAUCUCGAGCCGUGAGUUUGGAGGCGAGUUCGGUGCGCGACAGUCUGUCCACGAUGGGUUAAGUUACAAGGUUCUCGGUCUACGCUGGGUCGAGAACGGAGCUCAGCCUCAAGCGAGGUUACGAGGCAGAGCGAGGCGGGAACGAAUGCGAAAGGCAAUGCAGGAGGUCAAGGGUACCUUCCCUAACACGAACGGGUUUGACAAGGAGCAAGAGAAGCGGCUGAUGGGCGAAGUUUCAGGAAACUGGUGGAAGAACAGUAACAAUGGGGAAGAGAGGCACGUUGAGGAGGACAUAAAAGACCGAAGGGUCAGCGACGGCGACGGCGACAAGGAGAACCUUGCCGAAGACAACAACGAGUCUUCAGAGAAGCCAAAGGACCCCAGCGAGGGCAAGGACAUUGAGAUGGCAAACACGGCCGAGGAAGCCAAGGAGGCUACUUCUGCUACUGCUGUCACGGAGGCAGAGAGGUGA